AUGGGGAAAGGUUUCUUCAUUAGUAAAAGUGUUGGGGUAGUGGGUAUCAUCUUGGGCGCAGGGGCCCUGGCUACUAUCAUAGCUCUCUCCGUUGUUUAUUCACAGGAAAAAGCUCAAAAUAAUCAAGUUUCACCAACGGAUGGAGGAACAACAUCUAAACCAACUACUGCUCCAUCCAACGAACCUUGGGACAAGUAUCGACUACCCAAGACCCUGGUGCCGGACCACUAUAAUGUCACCCUGUGGCCACGACUCACCCCAGAUUCAACUGGACUCUACAUCUUUACUGGUGAUUCCACUGUGGAGUUUGAGAUUGCUGAGGACACUGAUCUGAUUCUUAUCCACUCCAAUAAGCUGAACUACACCACCUUUGAGAAUGGCCACCCUGCGAAGCUCACCUCCAUCGGUAGUCGAGCCGAAGCUAUCUCAAUCAAGUCUUCCUGGCUCCAGCCUACAACUCAGUACCUGGUCCUACAGCUGGAUGGUAAACUUAAAAGGGGCCAGAGGUACCACCUCUACACUAAGUUUACUGGAGAGCUGGCUGAUGACCUGGGAGGCUUCUACAGAAGUGAAUACAUGGAGAAUGGAGUGAAAAAGGUUGUUGCUACGACUCAGAUGCAGCCAACAGAUGCCAGGAAGGCUUUCCCCUGCUUUGACGAGCCAGCUAUGAAAGCUAUUUUUCAUAUCACUCUGCUCCACGACCAUGGAACUGUAGCCCUGUCCAAUAGCGAGGAAAAAGAAUCAAGCAAUGUCACCAUGGGCGACCAGCAUGUGUUGAAGACGGUUUUUAAGCCAACUGAAAAAAUGUCCACCUACCUGCUCGCGUUCAUUGUCAGUGACUUUGCCUACAUCAACAACACCAUUGAUGGAGUUUUGAUCCGUAUCUUUGCCCGGAAACCUGCUAUAGAUGCAGGGCAGGGAGCGUAUGCCCUCAACACAACCGGACCCAUCCUCAAGUUCUUUGAGAAUUAUUACAAUUCCAGCUACCCUCUGCCCAAGUCUGAUCAGAUCGCUCUGCCAGACUUUAACGCUGGAGCCAUGGAGAACUGGGGUCUGAUCACAUACAGAGAGACAGCACUGCUCUAUGAUGAAGAGUUCUCCUCCAACUCCAACAAAGAGAGGAUUGCUACCAUCAUCGCUCACGAGCUGGCUCAUAUGUGGUUUGGUAAUCUGGUGACCCUGAGGUGGUGGAAUGACCUGUGGCUGAAUGAAGGCUUUGCCUCUUAUGUGGAGUACCUGGGAGCAGAUCAUGCUGAGCCUGACUGGAACAUGAAAGAGCUCAUCGUGCUUAGUGAUGUCUACAGAGUGUUUGCUGUCGACGCCCUGGCCUCCUCCCACCCUCUGUCCUCUAAAGAAGAGGAUAUCCAGACACCAGCACAGAUCAGCGAGCUGUUUGAUGCCAUCUCAUACAGCAAGGGAGCAUCUGUUCUGAGGAUGUUGUCGGAUUUCCUGACUGAAGAAGUCUUCACGAUGGGACUCAGGACCUACUUGGAUGAAUUUAAGUUUGGGAACGCAGUCUACACAGACCUGUGGAAGCAUCUGCAAAUGGCUGUUGAUGCCAGUGGCACUAAUCUACCGACCAGCGUCAAUAACAUCAUGAACACCUGGGUGCUGCAGAUGGGCUUUCCUGUGGUUACCAUAGAUACCACCACCGGGACCCUAUCCCAGAAACACUUCCUCUUGGAUCCAGACUCUGAAGUCACAGUUCCAUCUCCCUACAACUAUGAAUGGAUUGUUCCAAUCCAGUGGUGGAAGAACAUGACGCCCCAAACACAAAUAUGGCUGGAGACUAAACAUGACACAAAACCUGCAAUGAAGGUAUCAGGGAAUGACUGGGUGCUGGCCAACAUCGGCGUUGUGGGUUACUACAGAGUCAACUAUGACCAAGGCAACUGGGAAAAACUGCUAAAGGCUCUGAACACCAAUGAGAGGCCUAUUCCGAUAAUCAACAGAGCUCAGUUGGUGGAUGAUGCCUUCAACCUGGCCAGAGCAAAGAUCAUCCCAACAGUGCUGGCCCUCAACACAACCUUGUAUCUGGACAAAGAGACAGCGUAUAUGCCCUGGCAGUCAGCCCUGAACAACCUGGACUUCUUCUCCCUCAUGUUCGAUCGCACAGAGGUUUACGGUCCCAUGCAGGAUUAUCUGAGGAAACAGGUCACCCCUCUGUUUAAAUACUACAAGAAACUGACUGGCAACUGGAGCAGUGUACCUCAUGGACACAUGGACCAGUAUAAUGAGGUGAAUGCCAUCAGCCUGGCUUGCAGGACAGGCCUUGAGGAAUGCCAAAAUCUGACCAAGACAUGGUUCAAGCACUGGAUGGACACAAACAUUAACCUGAUCCACCCCAACCUUCGUUCCACUGUGUACUGUAGUGCCAUUGCAGCAGGCGGCGCUCCAGAGUGGGAGUUUGCCUGGUCAAAGUUUAAGAAUGCAACCAUUGCAAGUGAAGCUGACAAACUCCGCUAUGCCCUGUCCUGCACGAAGCAACCCUGGCUGCUCAACAGGUACCUGGAGUACACUCUGGAUCCAAACCAGGUCCGAAAGCAGGAUGCCACUUCCACCAUUGUCUACAUUGCUAACAAUGUGAUUGGUCAGUCUCUGGCAUGGGAUUUUGUCAGAGCUCGAUGGUCGUACAUUUUCACUCAGUAUGGUGGUGGAUCGUUCUCCUUCUCCAACCUCGUCAAUGGAGUCACCGAGCGCUUCUCCACUGAAUUUGAGCUCCAGCAGCUGAAGCAGUUCAAAGCAGAUAACGCUGAGGUGGGUUUCGGCUCCGGUACCCUGGCGGUGGAUCAGUCUAUUGAGAGAACCAUCGGCAACAUUAAAUGGAUUGCAGACAACAAGGAGAACGUUCUGGACUGGUUCAAGGCUGCAGCAAAGCCUAAUUCGUACUAGUCCUUUAUUUCACAUUGUUGUUUUUUCAUCAAAAUAAAUCUUGCUUGGAGGAAGAGGAGAUUUCACACAGCUUUGUUUGCUGGGCCUGUGCUGUACCUGUGUGUGGUUGUUUAGUGAAGCUGGACAGAGAAGAGAAUUAGAUGUAUUUCAUAUCCUUAAAGUAGAAAUAUAAUUACAGUAGAUUAAGUUUUGAUACUUAUAGUUGGAUUGUUGUUGUUUGUUUUAUACUCUUUUUAAAUCACAGUUCUAAAUAUAAUCUACUUGUAUCCCUGUAGAAUUACAGUUAAGGGAUGAUGAGAAAAAAGUUGUAUUAUUUUGUUGUAAUAUUUCCAAACCUGUUCUCACAGUUGGGGAUUUUUUUUGUAACAUGUCACAACACUGAGUGUUUCCUUGUAAUGUUGGGAUAACUAUCAUGUCAUCUUGUAACCACUACAAUAAUGUUGUACAUCGAUAUCAGAACAUAAGAAAGUAUCUUCUGUCAGCUGACACACGUAGAAAACACCAAAAGUAACAGCGUUUUAUACCUUAUUUUUCUCUGUAUUUAAUAUUGACCCCUUAAAGUGGCAAAACUGUUUUUUACCCCUCUCAUCAAGGGAUCUAUAAUUAUCACCAGAGAAUGUUUAAGAUAAUUUAUGAUAAAAUUGGAUGAUUAUUGAACACAUUCUUUUAUUUAUUGUUCAAAAUGUUCUGAUUAUGACAGCUGGCUGCUAUAAACAUCUACCUUUGGAUAGGGAAAAGAAAGGAAGAAUCCUUGUCAAGGUGUUCGUCUGUCUGUUUAGGUCCAGCAGAGCUGUGACAUUACAAAAUGUGCCUGUUGGUAGGAGCUGACUGCAGCUUUCUUGGGAAUGUCAUGCAAAGAACUUCACAGUCGACACUUUCUUGGUUCCACAGCAAAACACCUGCUUUACCAAUUAAAGUUGAUCGUACGAUUCAGGCGGACAGACGGACAGACGGACAGAAAGAGUUAGAUGAACAUGAAAAGUGAAUGUCCGGUUUUGUAAACUGGAUAUAAUGUCAAUAUUUGCACCUUUAAAAAUAAAACUCUUAA